AGCUCACCACCCGAGAGUCGCGAAGUUCAGGUCACCCUAUAAAUUUAAGGAAUCCCUCUGCUAUACUCACUCUCUCUUUAACCGCCAGCAAGAAAGCAAGCUUCUUUCCCAUUGGUUCCGCCAUGCAUCAUAUCUACGCCUUGCUGACCCUCUUGUUUACUCUGCAACAUGCAUAUAGUUUAGAAUGGGAAGCUCUCGGAUGCUACAAAGAUUCCUCGAAGCGUACCAUGCCUCAUUACUUCGGGACCGUUACCUACGAUAAAGAAAACCCAGACUUCAAGGACAUGUUCGAACAAUGUAAAGUGAAAGCAGUAAAGCUUGGAUACACCUACUUCGGCAUUCAGUACAUGAAAGAAUGCUGGGGUUCGGAAAACGCGCGAGAAACCUACAAUGACCAAGGAUGUAAUGAUAACUGUCAAAAAGGAGAUGGUAUGUAUGGUGGCGGUGGAUCUUGGUCGAACUACGUCUAUCGAGUUAAAGAAGAAUGGACAGAAUGUAUUCUCAAGGAAUGUGUGCAGUACAAGAUCCUUCUUGUUCCAGAGAUUGGUGCACAUUGCCCAGCUUACAAUAGGGAAGUCAAGACUGGUUCAGAAACCAGACCUUGUCCUAAUAAAGAUAAAUGUAUUGUGGAUGGUGGGUGGAGUGAAUACUCUGACUGGACGACCUGUUCCAAAUCUUGUGGUGGAGGAACCCAAGAACGCACCCGUACUUGCACUAACCCUGCACCUAAAAAUGGUGGGAAAGAUUGUGAAGGAGAAAGCAAAGAAACUAGGGCAUGUGGUGCUAAUCCUUGUCCAGUGGAUGGAGGAUGGAGUGCUUAUUCUUCCUGGUCGUCUUGUUCCAAAUCUUGUGGUGGUGGUACCCAGGAACGGACUCGCACCUGCACCAACCCGCCUCCUGCCCAUGGCGGCAAGAACUGCGAGGGAAGCAGCAAGGAAACCAAACAAUGUGGAUCUGCGGCAUGCCCAGUGGAUGGAGGAUGGAGUGCUUAUUCUUCCUGGUCAUCCUGUUCCAAAUCUUGUGGUGGUGGUACCCAGGAACGGACUCGCACCUGCACCAAUCCUCCUCCUGCUCAUGGUGGCAAGAACUGUGAGGGAAGCAGCAAGGAAACCCAACAGUGUGGAUCUGCAGCAUGCCCAGUGGAUGGAGGAUGGAGUGCUUAUUCUUCUUGGUCAUCUUGUUCCAAAUCUUGUGGUGGUGGUACCCAAGAACGGACUCGCACCUGUACCAACCCACCUCCGGCCCAUGGCGGCAAGAACUGCGAGGGAAGCAGCAAGGAAACCCAACAAUGUGAAUCCCAAGCGUGCCCAGUUAAUGGUGGAUGGAGUGCCUACUCAGCUUAUUCAAAAUGUACCAAAAGCUGUGGCGGUGGAACACAGACAAGAACGCGUACCUGUACCAACCCUCCUCCUUCACAUGGUGGAGCCAACUGUGUUGGUCCAUCCUCUGAAACGCAAGCUUGCAACUCACAGGCAUGUGGACCAGCACCUUGCAAAGUUGAUGACCUUGUCAAAUUUGUCAUUGAUGUUCUUCCCUCUGGUUCUGUUACUGUGAACAAUCAUUUUGUUGGGAGCAUGUGCCAAGUACUCGAUGGAUCUGUGGUUGCUGGAGGUAUUCCAUCAAACGUUGCCGUCAGAAAAGACGAGAUUAUAAAAAGGAUAAAGGAUGCCGUGAAGAACGAUGGCUUUGUCUAUGGACGGCUGAUGCUUGGGAUAUUGAUGGAGAAUGAAGAAGACUGCAAGGGAAAUGGAGAUAAGAUCAUCGGUGAAAUUAAAAACGAGCUCGGAGAAGACGAUUUCCGGAGAUUCCUGGCAGUCGAUGGAGACGUCUCGUUGGUCUUUGCAGUUGAUACAACUGGAAGCAUGAAGCAGGAAAUUUAUGCCGCCAAACAGAUUGUUAAAUCAAUCGCCGAAUACACGAGGAAAGGAAAAGUUGACUAUAUCCUUUCACCAUUCAAUGAUCCCACCACUGGUCCCGUCCAAAAGUUCAGCGAAGACCAACUGGCGCAAUUUGAGGCUGCCAUAAGCAGACUCAGUGCACAUGGAGGCAAUGAUUGUCCGGAACUGUCUUUCAAAGGAAUAAUUGAUGGUAUUGUCAAAGGAAACCCUUUGCCAAGCUCUCCCAUGUACGUUUUUACUGACGCACCUGGAAAGGCCGUUGGAGAAUUCAACAGAGACAACGCCAUCGGUUAUGCAUUAGAUUACAUGAUGCCAAUCAACUUCUUCUUCAGUACUCUUGGUUGCGCUGAUCCAAGCAAAAGCCCAGAUUACCAAGCAAUCAUUGAGGAUACUGGUGGGAUCGGCCUCUUCUUCAAAAAUCCUUCAGCAUUCACGGCUGCAACCCCAGUGGUGGAAUCCGAUUUGGACGGAACAUCGUUCGUGUAUGGAGGAUGCAUUGGAUGCAGUAGAAGAAGAAAGAGAGACUUAUUAGACAUGAUAAGGCGAGCAAACCAUGACAUCCCAUUUCCUGUCGACGGAACUGUCAAAAGGCUCAUCGUUUCUAUUUCAGCUGCAGCAAAUGUUGACAAAGUACAACUGAAAGAUCCUGCUGGGAGUUCAGCCCCUGCACCACUCGCUAUGCAAGGUGGGAAGCUUUGGACGGUAGAUGCCCCUGCCAAAGGAUCCUGGCAUUUGGUUGCAGAUUCUAGUGUUUCUAAACUCUUUUAUCAGGUCAAAGUAAGCGCUCUCAACAACAUUGAUUUUAAGUAUUCAUUCAUAAGAACACUUGAACCAUCAAAGAUGAAAGUCAGGAUCUCGAAUCCUCUCAAAGGUGAAAAAGCAACAGCAAAACUUUUCAUUCCUAAUUCAUCACUGCUGAAGAAGGAUUCCCUGAGUGUCAGCCUCAUUGAUAUGAACGGCGCUCACAUCAAGAACAUACAGCUUGUUGACGACACUGUGAACUUCGACUUGCCAUCCGUCAAGUCUUUCCACCUCCGUCUUUCUGGUAAGACAUCUGCAGGCGACAACUUUGAGAGGAUAUCACCACAGAUCACUGCCUACCCUGCUGUCAUACGAACACAGAUUAUGCAGGGCCUUCUGUCAAUCAGACGUGGAAGGACGUCAUAUUUUCGUGCAGCAAUAGACUUAAAAGGUGCCUCCAGGACCUUCUCUGUGACCGUCAAAUCCUCUACUUCAGGAGUGAAUGUAAACCUGAGGACCAACCGUCUCACCGUGACCGAAGCUCGCUCAGGAUAUGUAUCCGUUUCUCUGACUACUCAGGCCUCAGUUCCAAUAGGAACUGUCGUCACUAUCCACGUUGGAGCAGAAAGUUCAGAAAUCAAGCUUAACCUUGCAGCUAGAGUCAUGGUUGUCGUUUAAGUCUCCUCUCUCAGUGAAAAUGCUCAUGAUUAAUGUACCACAAAUGGGAACUAAUUAAGAAAAAGUAAUCAUUGUUAAGAAUACUCAGUGUAAACUUUAAGUACCUAAUUCACAAUACGAUCGAUCUUAUAAUCAUACCAUAAUAAUAUCUAAAAUUGAGUAAGUUUUUUGGUCAGCAAGCAACAAAAACAUAAAAUGCCUCUGCGGUCAACAGAGGCCCUGAAAUCUGAAAUCGUUGUAACUGAACAAUAUCCUCUAAUAUUGACUUCAGUUCUAUAUUAACGAAAUAGUGGGGUAAAAUAAAAACGAAACUGGACGCUA